GAUUUCGCUGCACUCCCAAUCCCACCUAAAGCUGUCCAUCACGAUUAUUGUAAUAUUUUAGAUCAAAACCAAAUCGUUCUUACAUCGUGCAAACAAAACGUGUGAGAACCCUCGCUCACAAAGGGUUUGCUGCUCUAUUUUCGCCACAACUGAGCCAAAAUGCUUCUCGUCAGAACCGUUAGAUAAUUCAUUUGAAGCCCUACAUCAAGGGUUUUUAUAUUUUGGGUUUAUACCGCCAAGAAGCUUCUUGAAAUCACCGAAAAUCAGCUACACCAACAUGAAAUAUAAACACCUGCUUCUAAUGUUAGGAUUUUUGGUGACUUUAUUUUCAUCACUUCCAGUUGGCUUUUCGCUAGAAACCUGGCACAACUGUUCUACGGAUCCUUGCAAAAAUUUCUUUUCUUCUCAUAUAUGUUAUAUUUCCGCAACGUGUCAAUGUGGUGUGACGGCAAACCGAACAUGCAGUAUUGAUCCAGUAGUUAUCGCAAACCAAACAGGCGCUGUUGCUCUUAAUACGAGCCAAGGUAACCUGUCCUGCUGCAUGUGCAAAUCGAAUGAUACGUUUUGCUGUGCUGCGUAUGCGUGCCAGGUUUCUACAACACCAGGAGCGUCAACAACAACGUCAUCAUCAUCAACAACAACAAGUACUACUUCUACUACCACGAUCCCUUCAACAACAAGCUCCCCUCCAGUCGAGCAAGCCAUCAUAGUAGCCAUCUUCAUUCUCAAACAUGAUAUCAACACAUACCGAUCACGUACCCAAAACCUAUCUCUGUCAUUCCGGUACGCGGUCGGUAACCUCACUAGCACCGACAUCUCGCUCACCACCGUGACAGAGACCACAUUUUACAGCGGGGUUCUUCCCUACUGUGGCUUUAAAGUCGACACCUACGUGAGUGACCCCAACAACAUUUAUUCAAGCUCAGGACAAUGUAGUAGCAUGGUUAUCAAUGCUACAAUGAAAAAGGACCUAUCAAAGUCUAAAAGUCUUACAGAUACCAUCAAGUUUAUAACAGACUCUGUAAUUAAUGGGAAAUUUGAUUUCAUGUUAUGGGACGGGUCCAAAAUCAAAGUGUCUUUCUUGCUGUCUAAAGUCUUCAAUUCAUCAUAUAUGUUUCACUGUGUACCCUAUGAAGCGGCCACUGUUUCUCCAACCAAAAUGGUUCCUCCUAUCCAUACAAACCUGUGGCCGCUUAUUUACUCGGCCAUAGGAGUUUUCAGCCUCAUUUCACUUUGUGUCUUAUGGCAGUGCUGUAAGCAAUCGUAUUUACUUCACAAAAAGAAGUACACAGACAUUAAUAGUAAUCGCAUCAAUUCAAAGAAGAAGAAGCUACAAGAAGCAAUGGCGAAUCAAGAAAGCUCAGAGAACGAACAACAAAGAGAGAGAGGGAUGUUUGACAUGACACACAGCAAACUACAACUUGUAGACAACGAGGCGCUAACAAGGCGAUACGAUUGGACAACACCGGCCUAUCUGCCGAACAUGUUGGCACCCGCAUAUGCGCCCACAGAACUACACGGUCAGCACUCACCCCCUCGGCUCAUGCUCGAUGAUGACGAUUCCGACAGUGACAAGAAAAGUCUUGGAAAAGCUAGUGUUAUUAAUGUAGACGAAGAAACAGAUGAAGAUCUCAAAGACAUACUUGAAAGUGAAGAUGAAGACAACGUUUUCAAAGAAAGAGCAGGAACCAGGCAGUCUAACGUAUCGCGGAAAAAAUCUAUCUCGACGUCAAACAAAAGAAAGCCAUCAACUACGAGCAAAGCAAGUAAAGCCAGCCAUUCUAAUCGAAAUACGUCGGCUACAAGCACAGUAAAGAUACCUAACCCCGCUCAAGGACAAGCACGAAAGUGCUCCUACUCGGGGCCUGAAGGAAGGGAGCGAACACCAUCGCUCGCUUUCGGGAAUUUCAAAUCCAACAGAGUAACCCCUGUGAGUGACGACAGAAAAUCUACUUUAUCCUCAGGCAAACCACGGAAAAAGGAAAACAGUGACUUGUAAUUAGAAUGACAUAUCUGCCGUGAAGAAGGUUGCAAUACUCCAAUUUCGAGUUCUUUCUUGUCAGGCAAGCAACGGAAGCAGGAAAGCAGUGCCUUCUAGACUGACAUACCUUUUGGAAGAAACUUGGUUGCAAUGCUCGAGUUCUGUACUCAGGGUUAGCCUCGAUUUUGUAUUUGAUAUCGAUGUGUUCCAGUGAAGUCCAUGGAACUUUAAAUUGUUUUUAUGGUUAAAGUCGUGAAUUUUUUACUUUACCGUUGGUAUUUGUGAAAAUCAUGACAAUGGAAUGAGUCUAAGCGUGAGAAAAAGAGUCUGUAACCAUCAAACAGCGAUAUUGUACGAAUUCAAAAAAGGUAUAUCUAGAUGACUGUUGAAAAUAGUGUGUGAAUAUUGAACCUUACAGGCUGGAAACAUCUUGCUUUCAUAUCUGCAUUUUACAUGCAUAAAAUUUAUAGUGUUGUGUCAGUCCUUUAGCAUGCAACAAGAUCGUACACUAAUCGGGGACAUUGAAUCUUGACGUCUCGUUGUACAUAAAAUUGUGUGAAAUUUAAUUGAAAAUCAUCAUGUCAGAUGGCAUUUUGCGGUCACCAAAUCAGACRACGUCUUCGGCUUCUGUUAGAUUAUGAGAUAUUUAAUUUUAGGAUUAGUUGCAAGUUGUGGGCGUAUAAUGUUUUUUAAUUUCUAAAGUUUUCUUUGAAUUGCCUCUUGCUUUGAAGCAAGUGGAACUCUUCUCUAUAGACAGCUAGGUUUCCGUUUCUAGGGUUUUGGAGAAAGUGUUGGUGAUUCUAUUUCCCAUUCUCCUUGACCUCAAUUCCGGUCCUAGUGAUGAACCUUGGGGAACUCCCAUGUUGGUGAUUCUAUUUCCCAUUCCCAGUGACCUAAAUGUCGGUCCUAUAGAUGAACCUUGGGGAAAUCCCAUAUUGGUCAUUCUAUUUCCCUAGUGACAUAUUUUCCAAUCAAAGUGUAGAAAUCAUAGGAUUAGAGAAAAGGUUAUCAAUUCCAGACCACCCUUCAUUCCCUUUAAUACAAUUUUUUUCUUCGCCAGUAACUCUUGAGAAAAAAAUGGAACAUUACGCUCAAAGUAGAGGGUCCAGUGAGUGUUAAAUCGACCAAUAUUUGAUUACAUAGUGUGAAAUAAAGAAUACAUCAGUGUGUGACAAAAAGAUCGAAA